CUCCUUCUUAGUGACCGAAGAUGAAUAAGAAUCUGCUCACCGAGAGAGCGCUUCGCGAUGUCUUCGAGAUCACGAGUUACAUCACAGUGGGCACCGAAGAUAAUCCAUUCGAAUAUGGACACCGGCCUCGUAAGUUCCAAGGAUUUCUUGCUCGCAGCUCAAGCAGCUCGCUUCAAUUUGCUCUUUUGUGUGCAGCGCUGCCGUCUCAGCUCACUGGCAAGCAAUUUAUGACCAAUCCUGGAAAGCACGGAAAGACCAUCGAUGUCUACUUCCAGAAAGAGCACCCUUGGGUCUCCGAUGGAGACCCAUACGCUGAUCGGAUCAUGUACGCCGAGCUCCAGCCUGAAAGAUACAAAGGUUUCUUAACGUCAGACUUUUCCAAGAGAGAUGAGUUUAGCAAUGUCGUGCGAACGAACCAGUAUCGGGAGCAGCUCAAGAUGGACUACAAGCACUCGGUUAAAUCGCUGGAAACCAUGGCGAAGAAAAUGAAAAAGCUAGAAAAGGAUGCGACCAAAUCCGAGAGAAAACCCACACGGGCUUGUCAAUUACUCCCUUCUGUUCCAAAUGCCAUCACGAGACAUACUACUGCCAACACAGAGCGGCCUAUUGCUGCAACAAUCCCGGCAUUGAAAAGGUUGAAGUUUUCAAUCGAAAUAAAAGUUCUGACCUUGUGGAAGUCUUUGCGUGAUCAGGAAAGUGGUGGCUAUCGAACUGCCAAUGAUGAGAUCGGAAGAACAGCAAAGACAUUCAACUACGCUAAGCCACAAUUUGCCAAUAAGCCCGUCAUCAAGGACACCUUCUACAGAAGACAAAACAUCUUCUAUCCUGCGAGGACAAGGACGAAUUUCUGUAAUCAAGUUCUCGUCGAGGAGGAGUAA